GAGCUCCGAAAUGCUCACAGUGAACAGCUCAUGGGAAUCCGUCGGGAAGAGGAGAUGGAAAUGUCCGAUGAUGACAGUAGUGACAAUCCCAGUAAAAAGCUGAGAGUCGAUGAUUCAGCUCUAGCCGCCCAAGCGUAUGCGCUAAAGGAAGAGAAUGAUAGUCUUCGAUGGCAGCUGGAUGCUUAUAGGAAUGAAGUGGAGCUUUUGAAACAGGAGAAAGGACAGCUCUUUCGAACGGAAGAAAGCCUUACGAAGGACCAGCAGCUGCAGUUCCUGCAGCAGACAAUGCAAGGCAUGCAGCAGCAAUUGCUGAGCAUACAGGAAGAAUUAAAUAACAAAAAAUCCGAACUGGAGCAAGCCAAGGAAGAGCAAACACAUACACAAGCGAUGCUUAAAGUUCUGCAGGAACAGUUAAAAAGCGCCAAGGAAUUAGCAGAAAUCAAUGGGCAUGAUGAAUCUCAGGCAAAUGAAAUCAAUGUAUUGACAGUAGCAUUGGUCAACCAAGACAGAGAAAAAAAUUCAGAGAAACGAAGCCCAGGUCUAAAAUCAGAGAAAGAGGCACUAUUAAUAGGUAUCAUAUCCACAUUUCUUCACGUCCACCCUUUUGGAGCCAAUAUAGAGUAUCUUUGGUCUUAUAUGCAGCAGUUGGACUCUAGGAUCUCGGCAAAUGAGAUAGAAAUGCUUUUGAUGAGACUGCCACGCAUGUUUAAACAAGAAUUCACGGGUGUAGGAGCAACACUGGAAAAGAGGUGGAAGUUUUGUGCCUUUGAAGGAAUUAAAACUGUCUGACUGUGACUAGUAAUGAAGCUAUGCAGAAGAAUUCCUAGAGCAUGGCAGGGUUAUAAAGUAUUAAAGUAAGAAAUUUGGGUUUGGGCACAUAGUAGUAUGUUUUCAAAGUUAUCCAAGCCUAAUUUUAGUUACAUUUGUGACGUUCUCUUGUGAGUGGAAAUGUAGUUGUGCACCAGUUCCUAAAAUAAAAUAAAAUUUUUUAAAGAAGUUUCAAAAUGUGACAGAUCUGUUUCCUAUGAAAACUGAAGAAAGAUACCACAGUCAUAAUGAUUUCAAAAUACUACGUCCUACAUCUAAGAAAAGCUCAUUGAGCAAACAGUUAAGGAGAAAGAUUGCCCGGUUAUGGUCGCUAAGCUACAGCGAUGUACAUGUGAUAUGUAGUAGAACUCAUUAAGUUUCGUUAUUGAAAGUUCUUUCUGUUUAGUAAGAAAAUGAAGUAAUUUUACAGUGAGGAAAAGCAUACCAAAAGAAAACUUGAAGAUGUGUCUGAAGUUAUUGUAUUUUGUAAAUUAAGUUAUAUGCUGUACCAGGGAUUUUUGCCUUAUUGAAAGAGGCCUGAAAAUGUGAUUGGACUCCUCAAGAAUGCUUUAUCAAGAAUAUUAUUUUUCUAAUGUAACUAUUCUCCAUUACAAGUUCUUUUAACAUGGAUUGCAUAUCAAUUUUCAUAAACAUGUAAAUAAGGAGGAAACCAGUGUUACUGUAUUGUAUUUGGUAUGUAACAUUCAGGUUUAUGCAUCAAAAUAAAUAUUCAGUUGCAUUACUGUUACAAAUUUUAUAGCAGAUAUAUUAAUUUUUAUCAAUAAAUAUGACUUCUACCA